CUGCCCUCCUCUUCCUCAAUUCCCACCUCACCCUGCUGCUCUGCACUAAAAACCCUACUUGCGAUCAGCCCUCGCCAGAGCUCACCGCCCCCUCGGAAGCCUAGGCUCGCGAUGCCGCCCGCGGCCUCCGCCUCCGCCAUCGUCGCCGAGACGGCGAGCGGGUACCACCACCUCAAGAUCCGCGGCUACUCAAGCCUCAAGGCCAUCCCCAGCGGCCAGCACCUCACUUCCGGCCCUUUCACCGUCGGAGGCCAUCGCUGGAGGAUCCUCUACUACCCCAACGGCGACCGGGCGGAGAGCGCGGGCCACGUCUCCGUCUUCCUCUUCCUGGACGAGAAUGUGGCCAAGGAAGUGAGGGCGCGGUUCCAGUUUGGUUUCAAGGCGGAGAAGCGAGGGCUCUUCUUCCUCAAGAAGGGCAAGCCGGCGGCGGGGACUUCAACAGAUGCACAAACCUUCGCGAGCCAUGGCUCUUGGGGGUACACAAAGUUCGUGCACUGGAGCGCGUUGGAGAAAUCGAAGCAUCUCAAGCGCGAUUCUUUCACCAUCAGGUGCGACAUCUCCGUCGUCCAGAGGGUCCGGAUUCAGGGGACUAUCCAGGAAGCAGCUCUGAAGUUCGUCAACGUGCCCCCUUCCGACCUGAACCAGCACCUCAGCGGCCUCCUCAUCACCAGGAGGGGCGCGGACGUCGUGUUCGAGGCUGGCGGCGAGACGUUCGCGGCGCACCGCUGCGUGCUCGCGGCCCGAUCGCCGGUGUUCAGCGCGGAGCUCUUUGGCUCAAUGAUGGAGGGUAGCAGCACUGGCACCAACGAUCUGGUCCGCAUACAUGGCAUGGAGGCGCAGGUGUUCAAGGCCCUGCUCUGCUUCGUGUACACCGACUCGCUGCCGGAGAUGGGAAAAGAAGAGGAAGACGCCAUGUGCCAGCAUCUGCUUGUCGCGGCGGACACAUAUAACAUGGAGAGGAUGAAGUUGAUCUGCGAAGACAAGCUGUGCAAGUACAUCAAUGUAGGCACGGUGGUGAACAUCCUGUCGUUGGCUGAACUGCACCACUGCCCUGGGCUGAAGAGUGCAUGCAUCCAUUUCCUCAGCUCUCCGGCAAAUCUGAGGGCAGCCAUGGCCAGCGACGGCUUCGAGCAUCUAAGCGCAACCUGCCCCUCUGUUGUGAAGGAGCUGAUCGCCAUAUCUUCCGCGCCUUAGUUCAGUUAUGCUCAUUGUGCUGGCAAAGUCAGGUUGUUUCCUUGUUGCCUGUACUUACUGCAUCACUUAUUUCUCUUGGUCUAUCCAUCUAUCCCAACUUACUACAAGGAGCUGAAAAGCACAUUAUGGAGUACCGUGAACAGGUUAAUGUGCUGAUUAAAUCUGUAUUAGUCCGGCAAGUUCUAUAGUUAUCUUCUCUUGCUUAAGAACUUGUAUUGAAAAGGAGCUUUGUUGGUUGGUAACUGUUUCUU